GUCAAACGAUCUCAGCAUGCCGACAUCAUUGAUGAGUCUUUGUCAUUGCUGAAGAAAAAUGAUGCCACUGCCGCCGUCAUUCGACUUGACACAAUGUUGCCCACACUGCGUGAUAGAUCGUUGCACUGGCUUAUCAAUGGCUAUCACGCCAUUAACAAGCCAAACAUUGUUAAACAAGCAUUUUUUCAAUGCAAGGCUGGCACUUCAUUCAACCUCUCCUUUGAGAGUCUUACCAGCCGCGAAGUGCUUCAAAUGCUGCAUGAUGUAGAGAAGAACAACGUCGAGACAUGGGACCGAAUC